AUGAAUGACGAACAGCUACCAAUGAUUGUUGAUCGAAUGCAGAUAACAGAUGGUAAAACGGGUGAAGAAAGUUACUGGCCUAAUGAAGAAAACAUGACAGCUGACGUGGCAGAUAACGAGCAAGAAAUACCAAUUGAUGAUGAAACAGACGACGCCGCGGUAUUCUCAAUGUUUGAUAUAGCCAAUAUUUUGGCAAUAUUUAAGUUAAAAGAGAAUGUAUCACGUUCUGGCAUGGAUAGUUUACUAGCAUUACUACGUAU